GGGCGGGGCGUAAACCGGAACCUGACGGCGGGUUCCGCCCUCGCGCUGGGGAGGAGUCCGGGAGCAAACUGAAGCCCCUUUCACACCCUUCUCGCCCUCCCUACCGACAACAUGCUCCAGUUCCUGCUUGGAUUUACUUUGGGCAACGUGGUUGGAAUGUAUCUGGCUCAGAAUUAUGACGUAAGUAGCCAUAUUUAUUUUUUUUUUAUUAAGAUGCCAAACCUGGCCAAAAAACUUGAAGAGAUUAAAAAGGACCUGGAAGCCAAGAAGAAACCCCCUAGUUCCUGAUGUCUGCCCAGCACUGCACUCUGGACCCAAGUUCCCUCCUUCAUAGCCGCAUCCCAAAGCUGUGUUCCUCCUCAGCCUCAGACCUUGCCUGUUGCCUUAGAACCAACAUGGGGCCAGAAGUCAAGGUUACCAGCAGCUUCCCUUCCUCCUGUAACUUCCGUCCAGCUGCUUCUGAGUCCUAAGACUGGAAUAUGGUGCUGGGUUAGCAAUCACAAUCUUCAUUAGUGUUCACCCACCUGUCCUCUGGGAGCUACCCCCUGCUGUCAAGAGAAGGAUGAAUGGAUUCGGAUAGCUGAUUUCACCCUCUAGCAGUUACAAUAGGAGUGUGUUACAUGUUUGUUACUAAAUUUUGUUGUCAAAGUAAUUAAAAUCAAUACGUUCAAGCCA